CUUCGAUUAUAAACUCUAUUAAACACCCGACGACCUCUUUUAUCUCUUUCACAAUUCCUAAAACCUAAUAAUCAUCAAUCAAAUCUCUCAAUCGUGUUCAAGAUGCAGAUCUUUGUUAAGACUCUCACCGGAAAGACAAUCACCCUCGAGGUGGAAAGCUCUGACACAAUCGACAACGUCAAAGCCAAGAUCCAGGAUAAGGAAGGUAUCCCUCCGGAUCAGCAAAGGCUUAUCUUUGCCGGUAAGCAGCUUGAAGAUGGCCGUACCUUGGCUGACUAUAACAUCCAGAAGGAGUCGACCCUUCAUCUUGUUCUCAGGCUUCGUGGUGGUAUGCAAAUCUUCGUCAAGACUCUUACCGGAAAGACCAUUACUUUGGAGGUGGAGAGCUCUGACACCAUCGACAACGUUAAAGCCAAAAUCCAAGACAAGGAGGGUAUCCCACCGGACCAGCAGAGGUUGAUCUUUGCCGGUAAGCAGCUUGAAGACGGCAGGACUUUGGCUGACUACAACAUUCAGAAGGAGUCUACACUUCACUUGGUCUUGCGUCUCCGUGGAGGUAUGCAGAUCUUCGUUAAGACUCUUACCGGAAAGACCAUUACUUUGGAGGUGGAGAGCUCUGACACUAUCGACAACGUUAAGGCCAAAAUCCAAGACAAGGAGGGUAUCCCACCGGACCAGCAGAGGUUGAUCUUUGCCGGUAAGCAGCUUGAAGAUGGCAGGACUUUGGCUGACUACAACAUUCAGAAGGAGUCGACCCUUCAUCUUGUUCUCAGGCUUCGUGGUGGUAUGCAAAUCUUCGUCAAGACUCUUACCGGAAAGACCAUUACUUUGGAGGUGGAGAGCUCUGACACCAUCGACAACGUUAAAGCCAAAAUCCAAGACAAGGAGGGUAUCCCACCGGACCAGCAGAGGUUGAUCUUUGCCGGUAAGCAGCUUGAAGACGGCAGGACUUUGGCUGACUACAACAUUCAGAAGGAGUCUACACUUCACUUGGUCUUGCGUCUCCGUGGAGGUAUGCAGAUCUUCGUUAAGACUCUUACCGGAAAGACUAUUACUUUGGAGGUGGAGAGCUCUGACACUAUCGACAACGUUAAGGCCAAAAUCCAAGACAAGGAGGGUAUCCCACCGGACCAGCAGAGGUUGAUCUUUGCCGGUAAGCAGCUUGAAGAUGGCAGGACUUUGGCUGACUACAACAUUCAGAAGGAGUCAACCCUUCAUCUUGUUCUCAGGCUUCGUGGUGGUAUGCAAAUCUUCGUCAAGACGUUGACUGGAAAGACUAUUACUUUGGAGGUGGAGAGCUCUGACACUAUCGACAAUGUUAAGGCCAAAAUCCAAGACAAGGAGGGUAUCCCACCGGACCAGCAGAGGUUGAUCUUUGCCGGUAAGCAGCUUGAAGAUGGCAGGACUUUGGCUGACUACAACAUUCAGAAGGAGUCAACCCUUCAUCUUGUUCUCAGGCUUCGUGGUGGUAUGCAAAUCUUCGUCAAGACGUUGACUGGAAAGACUAUUACUUUGGAGGUGGAGAGCUCUGACACUAUCGACAAUGUUAAGGCCAAGAUCCAAGACAAGGAGGGUAUCCCACCGGACCAGCAGAGGUUGAUCUUCGCCGGAAAGCAACUUGAAGACGGCAGGACUUUGGCUGACUACAACAUUCAGAAGGAGUCUACACUUCACUUGGUCUUGCGUCUCCGUGGAGGUAUGCAGAUUUUCGUCAAGACUCUCACAGGCAAGACCAUCACCCUCGAGGUUGAGAGCUCCGACACCAUUGAUAACGUCAAGGCCAAGAUCCAGGACAAGGAAGGUAUCCCUCCGGACCAGCAGCGUCUCAUCUUCGCUGGAAAGCAGCUUGAGGAUGGUCGCACAUUGGCUGACUACAACAUCCAGAAAGAGUCGACCCUUCAUCUUGUUCUCAGGCUCCGUGGUGGUUUUUAAACUCUGUUAUGGUUUUACUCAAAAGUUUCUUUUAAAACUUGUGUAUUUUGGGCGCUUGUAAAGCCCCCAAAUAAAUAAUUGAUGAACUAUGUUUGUGGCUUUUUUUAUUUCUCUUCUUUUUUUUUUAAUGACAAAUCGAAUUAAUGGAAUUAUAUC